GGAUUUGUCAAGUCGUGGUUUCUUACUUCCUACGAAUUACAAUAUUUUGCACAAAUUGUACAGUUUGCGUUGCUGUCUCAUUGGGACAUUUUGAAAUGGGGGUUUCUUCAGAUGAGUCCGCAAAUUGCACUGAUAUGGAAAAACUAACCAAAUUUUCUGUAUCUGUGGCGUUGCGGCAAUUGGUAGACCUCGGAUCUACCAGUUCUGAAAUAGCUAAAUUAAACAGUUAUUUGGGUAUGCAAAAGUGGACCCCGUUCGUGGCAGAAAAAUGUUUGGAUGACGUGGCUCAUCUGCUGCUAUUUGAUAAGACUGGAUUUUUUUAUGACAUUGUUUGCAUAUUUUCCCCCAUUCUAAUUGAACUAGUACAACGAGCAUCAUGCAUCGAGAUAUCACCUGAACUGAAGCACCAUCUGAUGUGUGCUUUAUUUGGGAAACUCAUCAUCAGAAAUAAGGGGGUUUUACAAUUCAUAAUGCAAUACUUCAGAAACAAUCCUUCGCCAUUCCAGUAUAAGUCUGAGUUAGAACCACCACAGAAGAAACCCAAAACAGAAAAAUCAUGUGGUGUGUCAGAGCUAGAGCUUUGUUUGGCAAGCUAUAACCUACUCCAAGCAGCUCCAGAGCAUUUUAAAGAAAUGUGGGAUUGGUCUUGUUUUAUCAAGAAAUUUUCAAACUCUUCUGAUCCCGAAAUCAGAUGGCUGGUGUGUCAGUCGUUGGCUAAAUUGAGUAAUUUACCUGAAUUGGAAAAGCUCAGACUUGUCAUGCAAAGUGUUUCUGGAGAGCAAAACAGAAUAUUCAGCUUGAAGUAUUUUACCAAUGAAAACAAUUUUCAAGAAGAUUCCAGGCACCCUGUGAAAGAUGAUAGAAUUACGAGUGAAAUUAGUAAAAGCAUUCUGUCAAAAGCGAUCGUUGAUGUCGAAGGUGUUCUGCUACCCUGUUUCUCACAGGACCAGUGUAAAGGUGAGACGGUCGUCCCGGUGACUUCGACACGCAGUCACCUACAGAACUUGGCCCUUGCAAUCACGUCCAGUUUACCAGUCCUUAUAACUGGCCCGGUCGGAUGUGGGAAAACGACCUUAGUUGAACACGUGGCUGCACUCACUGGUCGAACCAUCCAUAAUCAGGGGCUUUUGAAAGUUCAGCUAGGCGAUCAAACAGAUUCCAAAGUGCUUCUAGGUACAUACCAUUCAACUGAUAUACCUGGUGAAUUUGUCUGGACUGCUGGUGUACUCACUCAGGCUGUGCGUGAAGGCCGCUGGCUACUUUUGGAAGAUAUUGACUACGCGCCAAUGGAUGUCGUGUCCAUGCUGCUUCCUGUUGUAGAAUCAUCAACACUUAAUGUUCCAGGACAUGGUGACGUUAUUCGAGCGGCUCCCGGUUUCCAACUAUUUGCAACUCAGCGGACUCACGGGCAGUUUGACGGGCAUGCCGUUAACGCUGCUACGAUGCUUAAGAAGAUGUGGCGACGUAUCGCCGUCGAACCGCUUUCACGCAGCGAACUUCAAACCGUCAUAGACUGCCGCUUUCCAUCACUGAGUCCUCUCACCGAUAAAUUACUGGACGCUUAUUACUUGCUCAGCGAAGAUCAAGCAAAUACUCGGAUGACGGUUAACGACCGUUCUCUGUCUCCUCGCGACUUCUUCAAAUGGUGCCAACGUAUUGCGGCGGAAUUCCGACUAGACAACACCUCGCUAACAUCAAUCACAUCACAGCUCUCCAUCUUUCAAGACGCGCUCGACUGUUUCGUCGCCUGCGUCUUCAACGGAGAGCGACGACUACAAUUGGCAGAAGACAUCGGUGCCAAACUGAAUAUGAUAAAAGCCAAGGCAGAAUUUUACUGCCAUUCGUACAAACCGGUUUUCAACAUAUCCGACGAGACAGUUGGUAUCGGACGAGUAUCUCUUAAACGUUUCAAGACACACGACACAGUUGCCAAAUCAACUUUUUCGUGGACAAGGAACUCUUCUGUACUUUUAGAACGCUUAGCUGCUUGCGUUCGACAGCUGGAAUCUGUCUUGUUGGUCGGAGAGACGGGCACGGGAAAGACUUCUACCGUGCAAUACCUCGCUCAAUUACUGGGCCACCGGCUCCUUGUCAUUAAUUUAAACCAACAGAGCGACAGUGCCGAUCUCCUUGGCGGCUACAAACCUGUCGAUCUGAAGUGGAAGAUAUCACCAAUCCGACACGAGUUCGAGAAGCUGUUUCAAGAGACUUUCAGCCUUCAGCAAAACACCAAGUUCUUGUCGCACAUUUCAACUUGUUUCGCUAACCGACGAUGGGGCGAUUUGCUCCGACUCAUGACGCACAGCCAACAAUCGGCUAUUAAGCGUUGUACUGCAGAAUUGCUACCUGCAUGGGAACAGCUCGGUUUUCAGUUGCAACAGCUUCGAUUGCAAAUUCGCCAUGCUGAUAGCGCCCUGGCCUUUUCUUUCGUCGAAGGAAGUCUGGUCAAAGCACUAAAACAAGGCGACUGGGUUUUACUCGACGAAAUCAAUUUGGCCACUGCUGAGACGCUGGAAUGUCUCUCUGGUCUGCUAGAAAGUCAUCAAGGAUCACUGUUCUUGCUGGAACGAGGCGAUCGGGAGCCUGUGAAGCGCAACCCGGGCUUCCGCCUUUUUGCCGCCAUGAACCCGGCGACGGACGUCGGCAAGAAGCGAUUGCCGACUGGACUCCGCUCUCGCUUUACCGAGUUUAUCGUUGAUGAGAUCACUAGCCCACAUGACCUGGCAACACUGAUCGGUGACUACUUAAGGGAAUUGAAUCUGACAGCCGUUCAGAUCGAAGGGAUCGUUCGCUUUUAUACCGAAAUCCGUGGGGAGGCGUUACGUAGUCUUGCAGAUGGAACUGGCCGCCAGCCACAUUUCAGUCUUCGUACGCUGUGCCGGGCCCUGGUCGUGGCCGCUUCAAAUCCCUGUGCAACCGUGGCCCGUUCCCUUUAUGAAGCCUUUUGUUUGAGCUUCUUGACGCAGCUGGACCGAUCGUCUCACCCCAUCGUCGAGAAACUGGUUGUCCGGCACGUUGUCGGCAAUAAGAACUUGAAGUCGGUCAUGGGCCAGACCCUCAUUCAACCCAAAGCUUUGUGGAAUGGCCAAACGGAAUCCAUUCAAGUCGAAGGCUAUUGGAUACCCAAAGGCGACCUGGAGCCCAACGAGCCCAAGAACUACAUUCUGACGGAUUCUGUCCGCCUGAACCUGAAAGAUUUGGUGCGAGUCGUAUCGCUCGGCCGCCUGCCCGUUCUCCUACAGGGUGAAACUUCGGUCGGCAAAACUUCUCUAAUCGGAUAUUUGGCCCAGCUAACAGGAAACAAAUGCGUUCGCGUUAAUAAUCACGAACACACCGACCUCCAAGAGUACGUUGGCUCGUACACGGCCGAUCCCACAACGGGGAAAUUGAUUUUCCGCGAGGGCGUUUUGGUCGAUGCUAUGCGCCAAGGUUAUUGGCUCAUACUCGAUGAGCUGAACCUGGCUCCCAGCGAAGUAUUGGAAGCCCUUAACCGCCUGCUGGACGACAACCGUGAGCUUUUCAUCGCCGAAACGCAAGAAACGGUUAAAGCCCACCCGCGCUUCUUAUUAUUUGCGACACAAAAUCCUCCCGGUGGCAAUUAUGGCGGCCGGAAGCUGCUGUCACGUGCCUUCCGCAACCGUUUCGUCGAGUUGCACUUCAACGAUAUUCCUCCUCAAGAGCUGGAGACCAUCUUGCAUCGUCGAUGCGACAUGCCGCCCUCGUACUGCAAGCGCUGCGUGGCCGUCAUGGGCGAAUUGCAGCUCCGCCGAAGAGGAAGCGCCGCUUUUGCCGGAAAACAAGGCUUUAUGACGUUGCGCGACCUGUUUAGAUGGGCCGAGCGUUACCGUUUGGCAACCACAGACCGUUCGGCAACGUUUUAUGAUUGGGAUCAGCAUUUAGCCGAUGAAGGCUAUUUAGUGCUGGCCGGACGUGUGCGCAAAGAAGAAGAAGCGCUCGUCAUCCGCGAAGUGUUGGGCAAACAUUUCAAAAGAACGGUGGAUCCGCAACAUCUCUUCACGUUGUCAGACAAAACUUCACCAGUUACGCGACCCAUCUUGGAAUCGCUCCAGUGUCUGGAAGGAUUUGAUCACCUAGUCUGGACGUAUGCGUUAAGGCGCUUAGCUGUCCUGGUAGCGCAAUCGCUCCGGUUUGUCGAACCCGUCCUUUUGGUAGGUGACACUGGAUGCGGUAAGACGAGCGUGUGCCAAUACCUUGCGGCACAAAAGAGCUGUCAACUAAUGACGAUAAAUUGCCAUCAGUACAGCGAAGGAUCGGAUUUUCUCGGAGGAUUAAGACCCGUCCGUAACCUCCAAGACCAACAGUCGGAAAGCGGGGCCGUAGAUCGUCUCUUCGAGUGGGUUGACGGACCGCUGGUGCUCUCCCUCGUUGGUGGCCAUUACUUUUUGGCCGAUGAAAUAUCGCUGGCCGACGACAGCGUGCUGGAGCGUCUCAACUCUGUCCUGGAGCCGGAACGCAGCCUUUUGUUGUCGGAGAAGGCAGGAUCCGGCGAGCCUGAAGUGAUCAAAGCUGCUGAUCGAUUCCGUUUCCUGGGCACGAUGAACCCCGGUGGGGACUACGGCAAGAAAGAGUUGUCGCCUGCACUUCGAAAUCGCUUGACUGAAAUUUGGUGCCCAAUGUCAAGGGACAGGCAGGACAUUAUUGACAUCGCCGAUCACAAUCUGACUCGGAAAUGGAUCACAACAGAAGGCGGCAAGAAUUUAAGCAUCGCCAUUUGCAUUGUCGACUUUGUCGAGUGGUUCUCCAAAUCGGAGACGGGCAGGAAGUCUACUGUCAGCAUCCGCGAUAUUCUAUCGUGGGUUCAAUUUAUCAACGCUGUCCAACUCGAUCCGGCCGCAGCUUACGUUCACGGAGCUUGUCUCGUGUUCCUCGACUCCCUCGGGAACCGGGCCGUCGUGGAAGAAGCCAUCCGACGUCUGGCAGCACCUUUUAGCAGCCAAGUAAACAUUGCGGCUUUGAUGGGCCGCUCUGUUUCGGGGUCUAUCGUGAAACUUGAUCAAGGACUGUUUGGCAUCGAUCCAUUUUUCAUUGAAAUCGGAUUUAAAUCGCCGAGUCGAAGCUCAUUCACAUUUCAAGCGCCUAGCACAUCGGCAAACCUAAUCCGUCUUCUGAGAGCUUUGCAACUAAAGAAACCACUCCUACUUGAAGGUAGUCCUGGAGUUGGAAAGACGAGCUUGGUGGCCGCCCUGGCUGAGGCCACUGGACACGAACUUGUGCGUAUCAACUUGUCUGAACAGACGGAUGUAUCUGAUCUCUUUGGAGCCGACUUGCCUGUCGAAGGAUCUGAAACGGGCGGCAGAUUUGAAUGGAGAGACGGACCGCUAUUGCGUGCCCUUAAAGAAGGUCAAUGGAUCGUACUAGACGAACUCAAUUUGGCAUCACAAUCCGUCCUCGAAGGCUUGAAUGCAGUUCUAGAUCAUCGCGGAGAACUUUACAUUCCCGAGUUGGGUCGUAGCUUUCACGUCCGACCGCAGAUGACUAAAUUGUUUGCUUGCCAAAAUCCGCUAAAACAAGGGGGAGCUCGUAAAGGCCUCCCCAGAUCGUUUCUCAAUCGAUUCACCCAAGUCUACGUCGAUCCGCUAUCGGAAGAAGAUCUCCAAUUUAUUGCCCGCGCUGUUUAUCCGCAAAUCGAUCCGGUCGUCAUCGUUAAAAUGGUCGAUUUCAACGAACAACUUGUCAAAGAAGUGACUCAAUCGGGCCAAUGGGGUUUGCGAGGUGGUCCGUGGGAAUUUAAUUUGCGCGAUGUUUUCCGCUGGUGCGAAGCGAUUCAAGCGAACCGAUCGACCAAUCCGGGCCAGUUUGUUGGUUUGAUCUAUGCCGACCGGAUGCGGAGUCUUCAAGACCGUGAAACAAUGAUGCACAUGUACGAGCGCAUUUUUGGAAGCGAAUUUCCGAUCCCUCGCGGUCAGGACCUUCACGUGUACCUCACCGAAAGUUGGAUCCAAGUUGGAAGUGCCGUUUUAGCUCGAGGGGGCCACAGCGGUGACUUAAUCGGUUGCCAGGAACUGUUGAUUCUUCAAAGAAACUUGAGACCCCUCGAGUCAUUGAUGCAUUGCAUCGCUCUCAAUUGGAUGACGAUCAUGGUUGGCCCGAGGGCUAGUGGGAAAACGAGCCUGGUGCGUUUGGUAGCCCAGCUGACUGGCCAUCCCCUCGACGUCCUGAAUACCAACUCGGCGAUGGAUACAACCGAACUUUUAGGAGGCUUUGAACAAGGAGAUGUCAAUCGCACGCUGGAAGAAUUGGCUGCGCAUGUGGAUGGGCUCGUCCGUCAAGCUGUCCGCCAUCGGCUCGCACAGUCUGUGAAUAAUCCGGCUGUUGUUUCGCUACUCGAAUCGUGGGAAUCUUACAAGAAAUUAUCGAUUGCCGGCCAAGAAGUUGUCCGCACCACCGUCGAUGAAGCCCAGCACGUGCAACGACGCGCACAGCUGCUGGAGAACGUACUGGAACAACUCUUGGACGACAACUUCGAUGAACUGUCGGCCAGCGCGGCGCAGAUAAAAUCAAAGUUGGACAAGGUUGUCCAGCAAGCCGUCCGAGGUGUCGGCGUGAGCAGCAGCGGAGGAUGUUUCGAAUGGGUAGACAGCAUGCUGGUCAAAGCUCUACGUCACGGACAUUGGCUGCUGGUCGAUAACGUCAAUUUAUGCAGCUCCUCAGUGCUGGAUCGACUGAACGGAUUGCUGGAACCUGGCGGACAUUUAGCCCUGAGCGAAAGAGGUGUCAUCGAUGGCAACAUCCCCAUCGUCAAACCUCAUCCGGAUUUCCGGCUCUUUUUAGCCAUGGAUCCGCGUCACGGCGAGAUAUCACGUGCCAUGCGAAAUCGCGGAAUUGAACUCUACUUGCCCGGCUCGGAAGAAGAAGAAUUUUCUGAUAACGACCUGGCCUCGGUCCUUUGCUCAGCCGGAUUGACGAACCUUUUACUCCAACAGAUUCUACUUCACUUCCAUCAGUGGCUCUGCCGCGAUUUGUUGCCCGUCGGCGACCGGCCCACUCUGACGGAAUUGGUUCAAGCCGCCUCGUUGGCCGCCCAGCGGUUGGAGAUGUUUACAACGUCUAAUCCGCUUUCGUGCCUCGAUGACACGUGCGUCGAGGUGUACAUCAAGAAUAUUCGCUCGCCGGACGACAAGGAAGCUGCCCGUCUCGUACUGUCGACCCUACUUCAAAGCGCCUUCGCCGGAGAAACGCAGACCGGCAAUUGCCCGGCUCCUAGUGCCUUAUCGACACGACAUAUUCAACUGUCGUCCGUGUUGGCUCGUGUCAGGCAAGCUUCGUUAUUGGUUCAGCAACUUGCCCAUACGGAUGCCCGUCAAGACGCUGUUUUGUUCCUCUAUUUGACGGCCAGCGGGAAAGACGUUGACUGGCGGACGGACUGCGUCGGAAACACGACGUCCCCUGACACGCUCAGCGUCCGGCUUGCAGAAAUACUCCGCGCACAGAUAACGAACUCCUCCGAACUUCCGUGGGAUCCUCGCUGGUUCGGCAACAUCUGUCGGCAUCAUUUCAACGUGGACGUCAGCGUAGAAGACGGGCAAGCUCUUCACAGCAAUCGAACAUCCCUGGCUUUGUUUUGGGCAGCCUGGAACGCGUCCAGGAACGAGAUUGCUCAUACGCAAGGGCGUACGUUAGCCGCACUCAGCCGUGCCAUCGAGGCUGGAACGCUGGCCGAAGAAGCUGCGCCGGAUCAGAUUUUAGUGUCCAUUCCGCGGUUCUUAAGUCGGCUGGAUGAAGUCGUUCAGCGGCUGCUCUCCUCCGCCCAAGUUCAACUCACCAACAAAGACUGGGCAGAUUUAAUGGAGGCCGUCGAAAUGAGACGACACAUGCUGGACGUUGAGGCGCUCUCUGUCGAUGGCGACGAGCUGGAAACGACUCUAUCUCGCAUAGCUCAGUACUGGUCGUGGCUGUUGAAACGGACAGUGCCCGUCAUUUCGGCUUUGCUUCAACGUUUCCCCGUGGCUUCGUUGGACGUGCCCGUCGAAGUGGAGCGCAGCCAAGCCGUCGUGCUAUCUCGUCGUUUGCGACGUUGGCUGGAUCAGCGCGUUGAACCGUUUGUGGACGAGGAUCAUUCACGGAGAGCGCGUCUAAUUGCAUCCAUUUUGGCAAGUUGCUGUCUGCCAGCCGUUGUCGUGUCCGCCCAAGGUUCGCAGUUAGUGCGCGGCGUUGGCCGUCUCAUUCGCGAAGGCGAUAUUGACGCGUUGGCGCAACUGGAACGUGAAUUGAAUCGCAUUUCGCUGGAAGCGGUGAAGACAGAUGACGCUGCUCAAUUACACGUUCUGUCACUGGUGGAUCACGUCGCCAUGUUGGGACAUUAUCGCCAGCCCGGCGACACGCUCUGCGGAUUGGUAUCAGCUGGAGGGAGCGGAAGCGCGGCAUUAUUCCAGGCCGGCCCUCUACCGUGGAUCGAGUCGCAUCUGGCCCAUUGGGAAAUUGUAACGAGGAUGUCGUGGAGCCGUCGCCAACAAUGUCAGGCCGUUUCGCCCCUCUUUUCUGCCACGGCUGCCAACGUGAUUGAAGGAGACGGACAAGUUGCUCUCGGCCAGUCGGAAGAGAAACGGGCUCGAUUGAAGAUGCUGAAAGAAGUCUUGUGGAUCAACGCUGACAAGCUGCAAAGGCCCGACUUCGAUCCGAUGUUGAACGAUCAUCGUCUGGCCGUCCAAUCCAUUCAACAGCUGAUUGAAGGCGUGUGUCACGCGCUGCGCGUUGCCGUAUCGACCGACGUGAACUCCUGGAACGGGUCGGGAGUCCAUUCGUCAGUCGUUGAAAUAGUGAAACGGGCCAGCGAUUACGUCGAAAACCCGUGCGACGUGGGAUCGCUUUGGCUCGUGCAAGGCCUGGCCCGUUGUUUGCUUUUGUCGGCGGGCGACCAAGUGGAUCCGGUGGAGAAGCGCAAACUCAAGGCGGCGCUCAGACGCCGGCAAGCGGACAGAGUCCAUCAAUUUUUACGAGUUCACGGAUUGCACCAUCAACUGAUCGUUGGCGGUGAGUUGAUGAUCGAUACUCAACACCCGCACGUCCGCCACUUUGCCGGCCUUAAAGAACGGCUGGACGUCAAACUGGAAGAAGAGCGGACGCGUAAACCCACGUGGCGUCCUGAGUUAUCGCUGUUUCAGCAACUUGUCAAAGACAUUCGCCACUACGUGAACUCGGUAGCCUCGCCGCAGUCGGUCACGGCCCUUCACGACAAACUGCGUGAAUUUCAAAGCGGCCGCGACGCGUCCGCCAUGAUCAUUUCUCAAGCCGAAUUGUGGCUGGCUGCCCAGCGCAGUUUUUAUCAAUCGCUCAAGAAUAAAUACGUUGACUAUCCCGAUAUGAUCGUUCCCGUCUUGGCCGGCAUCGCGCAAAUGAUGCACGGCGCCGAGUUGCUCGUGAGGAACGUGAAAGCCGCAGCCUGGAGGACGGACUUUGGUGACGACAAUCCCGAUUGGAGCGAUUCGAUUGCCGACCUUUUCGAUCGGCCGUCUCGGCUGGCGGCCGAACAGCCCGCUGGCGUGGUGGCCCUAGCGCAGCUCUGCACGUCGGCCGGAGUCGGCCGCCUCUUUGACUUUGUGUUUGAGAAUGCGUCGGAGCGGAACGAGAACAAGAAGACGUUACUCUUCUCCGCUCUGAAAGACAUUGAACGCUACACUUUCCACGCCCGGCGGAUCGAUCGGCAAGCCUGGAGCACGCAGACGGCCAUCCUCGACGCGCUCGUGUCGUCUUGGGCCGCCGCGGAAGAGCGCCGGAAGCAGCGCGAGCUGGAAAAAGAGAGCCUCUACAAGAGCCGGACGGUGCACCAUGAAGGAGAAGUCAACGAUGCCGAGGCGGAGAAACGGGCCCUGGAACAGUUUUUCCCGUCUUACGAGUCGGAAUUCAACGAGGACAAUGGUGGGGGGGCCGUUGCCAUGGAAACGGACCAGCAGGAGGAGGGUGAUUUGCACGAUUUCCAGCUCACUCCGCAAGACCAGCAUUUCAUCUGCGAACGACACGUGUCCUUGUUACUCAGCUGGGCGCGUUCCAUCUUCGUGAGCGCGUCGGACGCGGAGUCGGCCGCCUCACCUUCGUCCGCCGGAGGCUUUUCGAUGCGUUACCCACUGCUGGGCCGCAUUACGGCAACUCUUGAGCCCUGUUUGAGUACGCAAUUCGAUCGUCGGCUAAUCGGAGCCCAUCUGAUCUUUUUGGAACAUGUGCUGAGGAACGGACAAACAGAAGGUGGUUCUAGCGACAAAUUCGACUUUUACUACGAUCCGCGCGUCGACGAAGCCGUCCAAUGCCGACCCGUCCUGGAACACUUGCGAUUAAGGAUCGCCGACCUCCUGAACCAGUGGCCGGGCCACGCGACGCUGCUGGACGUGUCGAAAUUGAUCGAUCGGAUCCUCUCGUUCGCCGUCGACAGUCCCAUCAUGAAACUGGUGACGGGCCUGGAGAUGUUGCUCACCAAAUGCCACGAAUGGGAAGCCAAUGCCCAUCGAGGUGUCUCCAUCAGCGAAGAUAUUCACGCCCUGUCGCGUCUCAUAUUACGCUGGCGGACCCUCGAGCUCGACGGCUGGAAGUUGUGCCUCGACAACGUUGAGAAGCGGGCGGCAGGUACGGCGUGCAAGUAUUGGUUCCAUCUCUAUUCGACCAUCACGUCGUUGCUGAAUGACGAUACGGCCAUGGCCGACUUGACACCCAUCCAAUCGACGUUGCGCCAGUUCAUGGAAAGCGCCACGCUCGGCCAAUAUGACAUGCGCUUGCGGAUGCUGAGAGCGUUCGCGUGUCACGUCGCUCUCUCUGGCCGGCACGAUCCGCUUUUGCGCCUAUUAUGGCACGCCGUCCUCUUUUACGGCCAAUUCUUGCCGCUCGUUGUGAAACGGAAGACUUCCCUACGACAACCCAUCGAUAAGAAAGUCAAAGAUUUCAUCAAGAUUAUGCGCUGGAACGAUAUCAAUUAUUACGCGCUCAAAGAAGCCGUCCACAAAGCGCACGGCACUCUGCACAAGCACAUGAAGGAGUGGCGCGACGUGCUGGAACAGCCCGCCAGAACCGUGCUGAGCGAGCCGGGCGUCGAACUGGAAGCAGAAAAUGUUCCAGCGCUCGUACCUAUUGCUGUGGAGCCUUUCAUUGGCAACGCCCAGUCGAUGGCCGGCUUUGAUGCUGUACCGCUGGCCGAACAUUUAGUCCUUUCUCGGCUGCCCAGCCUUUACGCCAAGAGUUUGAAUCUGUGCGGCAAGACUCUACGCAAAUCGCCGUUCCAGCGGCGAAUCCAGGCCGUGGACGAUUUAGUCGGAACGGUCAUCAGCUCCGUCAAUCAGCUGCAACGAUUGAAGAUCAUCAGCAGCGGGGCGGACAAGGAGCGCCAGAAGAACGAAGCCAAAGCCAUCAGCAUGCGGAAGAGGAAGUCUCUGUUCCAGCUCUUCCGCACCUUGCAGCAGCUGGGCGUUUCCUAUCGCAAAGGCACGUUUCUCUUUAGUCAAGACAAAGGAUUGUCAUCUCUCGAGAUCGUCUUGCCCAUCCUGGACGUGGAGGCCAGCUUAGAACACUUGCCGGAACGCCCAUCUCAUUGCGCCAUUCGAAACGCGUGGAAUAAAGGGCCGCAUUACUACACGCGUUGUCUUGCGCGUUUGGCCAUUUCGGCCAGAUUGCUGGAGAAGCCAUCGUCUGAACUUGGCCCGUCCACCGUGGAACGCCUCAAAGGAUUCGCGGCGCAAUUUAUGAACGUCGUACAAGACCAGUGGACGAAAUGCUCCGAAACGCUGGACAAACUGGUCCACUUGCGCAUGCUAACGGCUCAAUUGAACGGCUUCCGGUCUUCUGUUGAGCCUGUUCCAGAAUCUUGUGUGGUCGUGAACGACCUGGAUCAUCUCUGGCAGCUCGUAGUGGAUGCGCUAGCCGUCCUGGAAGAAUUUGAAUCGUUGAUGAAAGCGUGUCCGUCUGGAGUAUUCGACGUCGUUCAGCUUCGGCUCGAAGAUGGUACUACUAAACCUGUGACGAAGGAGGUGGCCUCAUCUCUUUUGUCUUUAAAAGCCCAGCUGGCCAGCAAGAUGAUGGUAGUGCGUCAAGACCUGGAGAAACAGUUUCAUCUGUACCGGAUCGCAUCCACCUCUUCGUGGCUGUUCAGCAGCGAUCAGUGGCAUUGCAUCAUCCGUGGCUUCAAAACGAUCGACGAAACGCAGAGUCUACUGGAACAGAUGGUUGCGGUUGCAGGUCCGCAGAACUUUGGCUCUUCGCUGGAACAUCUUAGACGCAGGUUCAACGCCGCCGUUCAAGGCUUUCAAUCGCAGAACAUCUCCAGACCGAGUAGGGAUUCCAGGAUCGAAGCAGCGGAUGUGGACAAACUCUGUCAGUCCGUCCUUCAUGGAAUUCAAGAAAUCUACAAGAAAUACAACGAGACGGACGAACCGAAAGCCGAAGAAGACGAUGACUUCGAAGUGGAUCACUUGACAUCGAAAUUGAUAUCGGAAAUGGAAACGGACUUGUCCAAAAUGCUGAGGCUGGAUGGAACGAUGGCCGAGAUGUCACGUCUCGUUGAAAUGGUCAAAUACGAUAGCCAUCACGCCCGUCUCUUGUCACAAUGCGCUCCCGUGUUCGAUCAGUACGUCUUCGUCGUCGAGUACUACUUGAGCUCGCAGCUGGCCACACUCCGCGCUUCGUCUAAAUUGCUAUCCGUCCUCUUGAACGUGUUUAACCAACUGCUGGAAAAGGGUUUCUGUCUACCCUCGGAGCUGGACGAUUCCAAAGAAGGCGGUGCUGGAACGAAAUUCGAGGACAACGAGUCUGGCGGCCUGGGCGAUGGCGAAGGAGCGAAAGACGUUUCGGAUCAAAUCCAGGACGAAGAUCAGCUGGACUCUGCCCGUCAGCAAGGCAAGGAAGAAGAGAGCGAAGAGAAAGAUGAUAAAAACGGACCGAAAGAAGAAGAGAACGGUAUCGAGAUGAGCGAAGACUUUGACGCCGAUCUGCAGGAUCGCGAGAAGAAGGAGGAUGCCGAUGGUGACGAGGAUAGCGGCAACGAGGACGACGAGGACGAAGACAAACUGGACAAGGAAAUGGGCGAUACGGGCGAGGAUGCCGAUCAAUUGGAGGAGAAAGUGUGGGGUAGCGACGAAGAGGAAGACAAUGACGAUCAGGAUCAAGACGAAGGUCAGGGAGACGGCCAAAAAACGGAAUCGGAAAUGACUGCCAAACAGGGCGAUGAUGACGAGCAGCAGGAAGAUGGCGAGGACGACAAAGGGCCCGAGAAGAAGAAGGAUAAGCCCAAAGAUAUCGACGAUGAAGACGAUGAGAAUAUCAAUGAUGAUCAGAUCGACCCGUAUCACACGUCGCACGAACCUCCGCCGGAACCGGAACCGCUCGACGUGCCCGAUGAUCUCAAUCUUGACGGAGGCAAUCCCAAAGAUAAAGACGAGGAAGAGCUGGAUGCGGAAGAAAAUCCUUUCGACAUUGACGCCAUGAAAAACGAACAGGAAUUGGAAGAAAAGGAUGGAGAAGAUGAGGAUGCCAAGAAAGAGGACCAACCCGUUCCAGACGGGGCCGAAGAAGGUGAAGACACUGCCGAACCGAAAGAGAACGACCAAAGACCUAAAGAUGGCGACGAAGAGGAAGACGGUGGAGAAGAGAGCAAUGAAAAGGAGAUGGAAGAAUCGGCCGAAGGCGAUGAUCCGCAAAAGGCAGACGCCCCCGAUCAGGCUGUUCCGUCCAUGGAUCAGCCGUCCGAAACCGAAGCGCAGCCUGCCACGGAAGAGUCGGUGAAAGGCUCUCAGGACAAAACGGCCCGCAAAGACACGGCUGAUAAUAAGCCCGAAGAGGAUGGCGGGCAAAAUCAAGAGGCCGAUAACGAGGAUGUCGAGGGCAUCGGCAUGGCCGAGUCGCGGCAGAGUCAGGGCCACGAAGGCGAAGAGCAAUCGAAAGUCAAUCGAAAAACGGCCAAGGAUGAGGAUGAGGAGGAAAAGGGGAAAGGCAAACCGAGGAAGCCCGGACAAUCGGAUCCCAACAGAGCUCUAGCAGAUCAACGUAAAGAGCGAGUCCUUCAGGUUCACACGACUGAGAAAAAAUCGCAGCAAGAUGAAGACGAAGGUCCCGAGCAAGACGAAAACGCUGCUAACGAAGACAACCUCUUCGAACAUGUCAAGAAAGUGGACCAGCUCUAUGACGCGCUCGCCAAAGACGCUGCAACCGAAGAGCAGGCUAAAGAACAGAUGUCUGUUUUGCAGAAGAAAGAGGAGGAAGAAUUAAAAGAUGAAAUGGAUGAAGAUGUAGCGAUGAAAGAUGAAGAUAUCGACGAAGAUGAAAGUUCCAUCGAGCAGCGGGAUGCAGAGAAAGUACCCGAUUCCAAGAAAAAAGGCCGUAAACGAGGCGAAGCUCAGGGCAUGGAACAAGACGUGGAUGAAAACCUCAUACAAAUCGAAGGUGAAAUUGUUCCGACAUUGACUGCCCAACGGGGACCCGAGUCCAGUUUCAUGACUCAGCCGGAAUUAAUGGCACUUCCCGAAUCGGUCGUAUCCAUGGAAACGGUGGAAGAACUCAGGUGUGAUCUAGAACAGCGACUGGCUACAUGGUCAACAACACACAUCGAUGACUCAGAGGGUCAGGAUACUUGGCGAAAAUUGGAAAUGGUGACAUCAGGUCUAGCUCAAGAUUUGUGCGAACAGCUCCGGCUGAUCCUGGAACCGUCACAGGCUUCCAGACUGAAGGGGGACUACCGGACGGGCAAACGUCUGAAUAUGCGUAAAGUGAUCCCGUAUAUUGCUAGUCAGUUCAGAAAGGAUCGCAUCUGGUUACGGCGCACCAAACCCGCCCAAAGGAAUUAUCAAAUUGUUUUGGCUGUCGACGAUUCGUCCAGUAUGGCUGAUAAUCGUUCCAAAGAAUUGGCUUUCGAAUCGGUGGCGUUAAUCAGCAAAGCGCUCUCUUUAUUGGAGGCCGGCCAACUUGGAGUCGUGUCAUUUGGAGAAAGCGUUCAACUGCUCCACCCACUUCAUGAAACUUUUAAUGACACGAGUGGACCAAAGAUCUUGCAACAGUUCACUUUCGAGCAGAAGAAAACGAAGAUCUCUGAACUUGUGGAUUUCGUAACGGCGUUAAUGAGCCAAGCUCGCUCGACGUCUUCGGCUCAGUUGUCAUCGACGGCCCAACUUUUGUUGAUUGUAUCUGACGGUCGGGGUCUGUUUAGCGAGGGAUCCGAAUGCGUUCACCAAGCCAUCCGGCGGGCUAAACAGGCCGGUCUCUUUAUGGUAUUUGUCAUUCUCGACAAUCCGGAAGGUAAAGAUUCCAUUCUCGACAUUCGCGUGCCCGUCUUCGAUCCGUCGAAUGGCAAACUUCAGGGCAUUAAGCCCUACCUGGACAGUUUCCCCUUUCCUUUUUAUGUCAUCCUCCGAGAUAUUCAGACGCUGCCCAUCGUUUUGAGCGACGCUCUUCGUCAAUGGUUCGAAUUGGUCACGUCUUCCUCCACCAUAUAAGACAAUGGUUUGUAUUUGUUUGUUUCCCUAUUAAAUCCCAAAUAUUCUUCCCAGUUUUCUUUUUCUUUUUUUUUUUUUGUUGUUCCAAAACUUGGAAUACAACAAACUGUCGUUCAUUCUUUCCUCUUCGCACUUCUGUCGCUAGCACUGUGUAUUUGUUUAAUCAGUCGAAAGGGAUCGGUCGUCUGCGAAACAGCUGUUGCCGACAAGGCAAACAACUUUUUGUGUACCUAAUGUAGCAUUCGUGCAGGCUCACGAAUUCUUUUUUUAAAUUCUUUUUCCAAAUAUCCGCAUUACGCGUCAAUGCGGCCGCACCGGACUUUUAUCGCAUUUCGGGAGGACCCGCAUUACAUAAUUCAACAACUAUCCACGUCACGAAUUAUGCCAUUUGAACUGGAGUUAUCGAAAAUAUCAUGCCACUUGACUUGUAAAUGUAUGCGUCCUUUGAAGUUUUCCUGAGCGCCAGCUUUUUUUUUUUUAAUAUUCACGGAGCGAGAGCAUCGUAAUCGACCCUCAACUUAUUGCCGGUCAUUACCUCGUACGUGCCAGCCAGGAUUAUUUUUCGUGAUGAAAGGAAUAACGUAGAUUAUUCUGAACAAGACUACAAAAUAAAAAAUUCUUCUUCGUCAUAGAAAAGAUCGUGAGUAUACACCUUCAUGGAAGUUUUCCAGGGCACGUACGCUGUUUAAUUUUGGCUAAUGCACGACACGCCAUUUUUAGAAUAAGGAAUCUUAACUUGUUAUAGCAUGUUUUUUCUCUUUA